AUGUCUGAGAAUAAACGCCAAUACGAAUCGAUCGAUCUGCAUCUACCCGAUGAACAAAUUCAGUGUGUCACGCGAAAAAUUCGACGUGUCAAAUACCAUAAUUUACUAUGUUCAAAACAAUCAUUGAGUCUCUCUUACUUUUCUGAUGAUAUUCAUUUUUGUGUCUAUUAUGGGCAUCAUGACACACGUUUAGCGAAUUAUUUUGAAUUCGAUCAUGGUCAGAAAUUCAAUUGUUCUGGUCAAAGUGUUUGCAAAAACAAUGGAUUUUGCUUUGAAGAUAGCUUAGAUUGUUCUAAACGCUCGGUCUAUUCUUGUUUAUCAUGUUACUACAGAACAUACUAUCGAUUUAGUACAAGUGGAUUUGGUUUAUCACUCAACGCAAUCCUAGGUUUUCACGUUCUUCCAAAUGUAGAAUAUCGCCACCAACCAACGAUCGUUAAAGUCGUCGUUGACCGUCUCAACGGUGUUUUAACUUCAGUUACUUUUCAAAACAGAGGUAUACCUCAUGCAGGUUGUGGGGCUGUAUUUACUAUAGUCUUCGAUAACGAAUUUGUUCUCAAUAAGUUUAUUCGGAUGGAAGUUUAUUAUCUUGACUCUUACACAAACGGACAGGAUUACGAAUCGAUUGUUCUUCCGAGUGGAACGUUAUUCCGUGAAUUUUCUUCUUCGAAUUGGUUUGAAUAUCGAUCAAUGACUAUACGCAUGUGUCGCGAUCGAAAGAGCAACGGCUGUCUUGUACGGUGUUCGGUUCUCUAUAGGCAAAAUGUAACAUCGAUUCAUGAUCCUUUGCAUCGGCAUUUAAUUGACAAAGAAAACGACGAGAUGAAACAAAUUUGGUGUAUUGUUCGUUACUCACUAAAUGUGCAAGAUUACACUAUUCUCAUCGAUUCUACUCAGUUUUUCGUUCCAUUUGGGAUUGAUUUUGUCUUAACUGUGAUUUUAAUUACAAGAAAAACCAGCCAACAAAGCACUGUCCAUGCAAAUCGAAUGUAUGAAAACAUUUUCCGAGAACAACUGUAUCAUCAUCAAAAUUUACCCAUCUCUCCAAUCAUUUUAGUGCUAUUCUCAUUAUUGCGCAUUGUGAUAUAUUAUUUAUCCAAAUGUUUGAAAUCUAACAAUGACUCCUGGGGUGUAUCUCAUGGGAUCUGA